ACUUGCAUUUACCCCACAAGCCACCAUUCCUUCUUUUUCCUUCUCUGCAGAAACCAGAAAAUCAUCAUCAAUCUCUGUAAACCAAACCAGCAGCAAACCCAGAUUCACACACAACACACACAUCAUAUUUCAUCAUUCAUUAUUCAUUAUUGAUGAAAAUAUUUCACAAUAUCUUCACAAACUCAAAACACCAUCCUACAAUCAUGCAUACAGAAAAGCCUAAAGGCCAAGACACACAUAUAUAAAAUAUAGAAAUCACACACAAAGAAAAGAAAAAACAUUUUGUAAAUGCAUCAGAAGAAAUCUGGGAUUCAUAUCUGCAAGGAGCCUCUCACGAUUAAAAUCCCCCAAGAAAUUGUCUACACAAAUGAACACAAUUUCAAGAACCCUAGUUCAAAAAUCAAGAAACCUCUUUUCACAACACCCCAUCAAAGACCUAGCUUUUUAAUGUCUCAAACACCAUCAAAUCUCUCUCAUUCUCAAAAUCCCCACUUGCCCAACACAAUAAUCUCUCCAAAAUCAACAUCUCUCUUGUCUUCUUGUUGCUCGUUCUCAUUUCUUGAGCCCCUUUUAGCUACAAAGACUAAAGCCUUAAGAAUUUCUUUUCUUCUCUUCUUGCCUUCUCUUUACUUCUUCUCAUCAAAUCAGAUUAUUUCUAUAAUUGUUUUCUCAGUUGUUCUUGUGAUCACACUCAAUCUGUCUGCCCCAAAGUUCCCUUCGAUUAGGUUGUUUCUUGCUAGGUCUUUGCCGAUAAAGUUUUCAACUUUACCAUCAAGAACUCCUCCAAAGGUUAAUUCUCCGGUUAUAUGGUCAAUUGGGUCGAAACCCAAGUUGGAGAAGAGGCCAAAUACAGGGUCUUGGGUGCAAGUUCAUAAGAAUGGGGAUGUUUAUGAGGGUGAAUUUUAUCGAGGCAAGUGUUCAGGUAGCGGGGUUUAUUACUAUUAUAUGAGUGGGAGGUAUGAGGGGGAUUGGAUUGAUGAGAAGUAUGAUGGGCAUGGUGUCGAGACUUGGGCGAAAGGGAGCCGGUAUAGGGGGCAAUAUAGGCAGGGGUUGAGGCAUGGAUUUGGGGUGUAUAGGUUUUACACUGGGGAUGUUUAUGCUGGAGAGUGGUGUAAUGGGCAAAGCCAUGGGUGUGGAGCUCAUACUUGUGAAGAUGGGAGUCGGUAUGUUGGAGAAUUUAAAUGGGGCGUUAAGCAUGGACUAGGCAGUUACCAUUUCAGAAAUGGGGAUGUAUACGCUGGAGAAUAUUUCGCAGACAAAAUGCAUGGUUUUGGUGUUUACAGUUUUGCACAUGGACAUCGAUAUGAGGGGGCUUGGCACGAGGGAAGAAGGCAAGGGCUUGGUUUGUACACUUUCAGAAAUGGGGAGACACAAUCAGGUCACUGGGAGAAUGGAGUUCUCAAUGUUUCUAGCACUCCAGGUUCUCCUCCUGGAUCUCCUUUCGCUGUUAGUGCUUCCAGAGUUCUUAAUGCAGUUAAGGAAGCAAGACUUGCUGCUGAGAGAGCAGCUACUGCCUCAAAGGUUGAGGAUAAAGUAAACAAAGCUGUUGCAGCAGCCAACAGAGCAGCCACUGCAGCAAGAGUAGCAGCUGUAAGGGCCGUUCAAAACCAAAUACACCAACAGAACAGUGACGAAAAUAUUCCACUGAGAAUCAUACAAGAAGAUGGUGAUAGUAGAAGACAGAAAUAUGCUGUCUAAUAUCAUAUGAUCCGUUUCCAUAUUGACCUUGUUUUCCAAACUUCAAAGAUCUUGGGACAAAAAAAAAUGGAGUGGCUUUGGGUUAAACCCCUAUUUUGUUUUUGUCGAUGAAGAGUUGUUGCCAGUGGAAGGUGCAAACUUGGAACCAUAAUUGGCAGAAAGCUGAUUGUGGAGCAAGAUGGUGUUCCUUCAUUUUCCGGCUUAGAUAAUAUCCGCAAGGGUGGUGAAGUUUGAUGAGUGAAGUGCUUUGGAAUAGGCAUGGUAUUGUAUAUUUAUCCUUUCUCCUGAAUGUUGUGUAUGUAUAUGUAUUUGUGUAAUUGUAAUGGUAUUACUCGUACCACCAGGAAAUGAAAAGAAGAUAAAAAAAAGAGCAACCUUAGAUAUGUAUAUUUAUUAUGUCUAAAUGAAGCCAUCUUUUGCCUCCA